AUGUCUCAAGAAGCUUUUGGCAAUGUUGAAGAUUACCAGUCAUCCAGUAGUGUUGUUGUUAUUUCCCCUGAACCGGGGCCGUCUGGGGAAGCCUCCCCAAACUUGGAAUUGGAUACAUCCUUAGCUGACACACAAUUUAUUGCUGCAACUCCCCCUACCCGUUUAUCUUUUGGUUUUGGAACAGAACAAUUAGCAAUACAGAGGAUAUUUGCUUGUUGUGGAAUUUUAUUUAUUAUGGGCUGUUAUUUGUUGCAUAUUGUCUCUAUUGUUUAUGGGUAAGG